UAAACACGGUAGCGAACGCACUCUCGGCACUCCGAGAGCGUCUUCCCAAUUUUUCCACUCACACUUUGACUCACUGUCAACAAACCGAUACGCAUUCUUCGGUGAACUCGAUCUCUCGAACCGUUGUCCCGAUUACACGUCUGGACCCUUGGGAUUCGCUCGUUCCGGGAUACGUCCUGCUCGAGCUUCUUGUGCCAAGUGACAAGUGACGAAGAGGAUUUGCAUAUUCUACGGCUGGACGUCAUGGCGCCGCACACCAGUUACACGCCGGUAGGCGGUAUGGAGUACGAGGAGCCAGUGUCGAGGACUUAUCAGUACAGAAAGGUCAUGAAGCCGAUGCUGGAGAGGAAGAGGCGGGCCAGGAUCAACCGAUGCCUGGACGAGCUGAAGGACCUGAUGGUGACGGCGCUGCAAGCCGAGGGUGAAAACGUCGCGAAACUGGAGAAGGCCGAUAUCCUCGAGCUGACCGUGCGUCAUCUUCACACGCUGCGCGCCGCUAGAAGGCUGACGCUCACGCCGGAAAACAGCUACGCCGACAGGUUCCGGGAAGGAUUUACGCAGUGCGCGCAGGAAGUCUCGUCGUUCCUGUCGACUCCUGUCGCCGCUGCGGUUCACCCGGCUGCCGGCGCGCAGCUGAUGAGACACCUCGGCGGUUGCCUUCGAAGACUCGAGGGACCUGCCUCGAAUUCCGUCGGAAAUACGAACACCGCUUCCACCACGGUCAACGCCGUCGGCAAACCUUCGGCCGCGAGUCCGGCGAGCAACGUGAUGGUCAACGUACCGCAGAACGUUUACACGCCGCCGCAGAGUCCUGUCAGCGUGGCCAGCUCCUCCGGUGACUCGUCGGAAUCCUCCAACGUGUGGAGGCCGUGGUGAUCGGGAGGACCAUGAAUCACGUUUCAAUUAAUCGCCGCUUCGAUACGAACUGUUCCUGGUGAAGAAGCUUUCCUCGUUGACGCAGCGGCGGGCUGCGAGCAGGAGGGAAAACGACGAAUCAUUGUCUUCCAUAUGUUUAACUUUGUUGAGCCUCGGCGCCGUCCCGAGGCGCCUUAUUACCUUUAAAGAGAUAACGAUUUUCUAAGCUGUACGCUAUGACACCGUCAGGAGUUUCUCUGUUUCUCUCUCUACUCACUGUAUAUAGGUGAUAAAGCUUUAAGUGAUGUCUGUGAUAGGGUUCAAUUUUGUACCUGAAAUAAUUAUUUUCUCAUGAAGUAGAAGGAUUAUUAUUAUAUGAAUUUUAAUUUGUUAUUGUUUAAGAAUCAUUUUUAAACACUACGUAUGUACGUAACACGAUACUAGGCGUCUUUUUUAUUGUUAAAACCAAUUGCACGUCGCGCGAUAUUGAAUAAACAGAUUGUUUUAAUCAUACUCGAUGAAUUGUCGUUCAAUCAUCCCCCGUACCCUGUUCUUCCUG